GCGGGGCAGUGUAGCGGCCGGCCGGUCAGGCGCUGCACCACGCUGGGGCGCGGGGCGUGCCCUCGUCAGGAGCCAUGCUCGGCAGGUCUGGGUACCGGGCGCUGCCUCUGGGGGACUUUGACCGUUUCCAGCAGUCGAGCUUCGGUUUCCUAGGCUCGCAGAAGAGCUGCUUGUCCCCGGAGCCGGGCGGCGUGGGGCCGGGGGCCGGUGAGUGGCCGCCCAGCACAGCGGAUCCGGGGAAGAUCGGCCAGCACCCCUGGGCCGGAACUCUCUGCCUCUCGGGAGUCAGCAGAUGCACCUCAGAGCUGGCCCUCCUGCCUCUGCCACGGCCUCAUCAGUUUCCUGGGGUUCUUGCUGCUGCUGAUCACCUUCCCCAUUUCCGGUUGGUUUGCCCUGAAGGCCAGGAAACUGAGACUCAGACUUGUCCAAAGUCAUACUGGGAGCCAGUAAGUGGCAGAAACAAGUCUUCCCAAGCUCCCAAGUUUGGGGGUCUGAACACUGGCUUUAAGAUCGUGCCCACCUAUGAGCGCAUGAUUGUGUUUCGACUGGGUCGGAUCCGCACCCCUCAAGGACCUGGUAUGGUUCUGCUCCUGCCCUUCAUUGACUCUUUUCAGAGAGUGGAUCUGAGGACACGAGCCUUCAAUGUCCCUCCCUGCAAGUUGGCCUCUAAGGACGGGGCUGUGCUGUCCGUGGGGGCCGACGUCCAGUUCCGCAUCUGGGACCCAGUACUGUCGGUGAUGACAGUGAAGGACCUGAACACAGCCACGCGCAUGACGGCCCAGAACGCCAUGACCAAGGCCCUGCUCAAGAGGCCUCUGCAGGAGAUCCAGAUGGAGAAGCUCAAGAUCAGCGACCAGCUCCUGCUGGAGAUCAACGAUGUGACCAGGGCCUGGGGGCUGGAGGUGGACCGCAUGGAGCUGGCAGUGGAGGCCGUGCUCCAGCCACCCCAGGACAGUCCAGCCGGGCCCAGCCUGGACAGCACCCUGCAGCAGCUGGCCCUCCACUUCCUGGGAGGAGGCAUGUCUUCAGUGGCAGGAGGUGCCCUGCUCCCGGGACCAGCAGAUACCUUGGAGAUGGUGAACGAGGUUGAGCCGUCUGCCCCUCAUGGUGGUGCCCGGUCCAGCCCCAAGCAGCCUGUGGCUGAGGGGCUGCUGACGGCUCUGAAGCCCUUCCUGUCUGAGGCCCUGGUCAGCCAGGUCGGGGCCUGCUACCAGUUCAACGUCGUCUUGCCCGGUGGCACCCAGAGCGUCUACUUCUUGGACCUCACUACAGGGCAAGGGAGGGUGGGACACGGGGUGCCUGAUGCCAUCCCUGACGUGGUGGUGGAGUUGGCCGAGGAGGACCUGCAGGCCCUGUUGUGCAGGGAGCUGCGGCCCCUGGGGGCCUACAUGAGCGGGCGGCUGAAGGUGAAGGGCGACCUGGCCGUGGCCAUGAAGCUGGAGGCUGUCCUCAGGGCCUUGAAGUAACAGGUUUGGCUGAUUGUCUAUAGCACAGCCCUGAGUCUGGCACCAAGCCAGGGGGGGCAUCUUGGAGGAGGAGGCAUUGGCACCGCAGCUUGGAUUGUUGAGGCCCUGAGACGUUUCAGGCCCAGCAAGAGCCAAUGAGUAGAGGCUGGGAGACACUGGAGACUGCGGGAGGCCGAGUCAGGCAGCUCUGCCUUUCUCACCCACAGUGGUUCCCUGGACAAGCCUUUGCUGAUCCUGGUCCCCUGCCAAGUGCCUGGUCUGAGCUGGGUACGCAGCACGAUGACAGGAGAGCCAGGCCUGCUGUGCUCUGCUGGCUAUCUGACUGGAGAGGCAGGGCGGACAGAAACAGCUUGACAACAGCUGGUCUGGUGCCAGUGUGAGGGAGCAUUGCAUGAGGCUCAGGCUCUGGGCUGCCGCAGGGGGGCUGGAGAGGCCGGAGGAGGAAGAGGGAGGGGAGGCGGCCAUCAAGAAGAGGUCCCUGCAGUGGGAGGGAUCUGGGGACCGGGCUGGGUCCGCCUUGCUGAUUGCAGUCCAGGCCCAGGCUUGGGGGACGGGAGAGAGUGGGGCCGGCUCCUCCCCUGGCCCUGCUCCUGAAGAUGUCUUGACUCACCUCCCAGCUUGGUCUUGCAUGCCUGACGGAUGGGGGCCCAGGGCAGCAUGAAGGAGAGCCCUGCUGUUCCUGUGCUUCUUACCGGAGGUUUGAAAACCUCAAAUAAAUGUGGUGUUUACAACAUAUUUGGAGAGAAGUAGGGGUAACGGGGGUGGGUAAGGAGGGUCUCUGAGACGAUGCCCCUGCUGCCAGAGCGGGGCCCAGGCCCUGAAGCGUGACGCAAGCCCCGGCAGUGCUCUCGAAUCCCCCACAGGUCCCCUUCCUGCCACGGGUCUCAAAGUGGCAGGAGCAGGGCACGCUCUUCCUCUAUCCUCAGGGUAAAGGUUUGCCAGGAAAGAGCGGGUGUGGGUGUGGCAGAGCUGGUCUGGCAAACGUUAACCUAAGGAAGGGCAGGGCUGGGGCUGCUACCGCAUUCAAGAGAGGAGUGGGAGUGGCUCUCAGCUGCCCUCCUGUUACACCCCGGUCCCUCUUUCCCCACUGUUCUGGCCCAGACCCCAGAGGCCCAGAGAAGGGGAACCUUAGACAUCUCGGGUUCUAAGAAAUGAAUCUCACAUCCUGGAGAAGCUUGUGAAACAAAAACCCACAGAAAUUCGAGCCUUCUCUUUGAGGAACAGCCUCUGGCUUGUCCUCUGGCACCAGGCCUUCCCCCUCAGGGCCCUCUCCAGCUGCCUUGGCACCAGGCUCCAUCCAGUUUGCCCUUUUGUUCCUGCCAGUGCCUGCCUUGGCCUACUCUUGUGGGUCCUCCCAGGGUAGACCAAACCGCCUUUGGGUUCAGGUUUCAGCCCCAGGGCCCCUCCCUGGAGGGCCAGAAGCCCAGGCUGCUGCCCCUGCUCUGUCCCUCUCUUCACUCCUCUGGAGGCCGCCCAGCCAGGGGCUGCCUGUGCAGAAGCGUCCCCUUCAGCCCCCACCGGCCACACUCCCGCUGCGCAGGAGCCCGCGUGGGGCCUGGGCUCCUCUGUCCCCCCGGGGCUCCCCUUCUACUUUGGGGCUGUCCUUGCACCCGUUCCCUACUGUAUGUGUCCCUGUUCUUGCGUAAGUGCCUGCCCUGCCUGCUGGACCUUGAGCUUCCUGCCUGAGCCAUUAUUCUCUGUCCGUGGCUACCGCACACAGUGCCCCAGGGGUAAGGAGGAAAGCCCCAGGAGUCUGCCCUGCUAACGCUGAGGGGAAACCGAAACUCAGACUGUUCUUAGCAGGUGUCAGAGUCAGCAUCACUAGAGGAAACAGAAACUUUUCUAGAUGUCUGUGUGGGUGGAGAGCAAAGCCUGUUGCAAGCCGAGCAUACCCGCAUCGCGUUGAGGGGAACUUAUCUCUCGGUGAGGCCAGGACUCCAGGAAAGGGAGCCCACAGGUUCAAGGCCUCUGAGCUUCAGAGAGCCCAGCAGACUUUGUAGUCCCCAGGGUGGGGAAGAGGGGCACCUAA